GAGAAGAAACAAAGACAGUAGAAGUACAGGCCUGCAAGGCCAAACAGCCCAGUUAUAAUAGCGGCCUACUCGCUGACUUGUGUCCCUUCCGGCCGUCUACCACCGAGCGAGCUUGGGCUCUCCCCGGCCUCCUCCGCCUCCGCCUCCGCCUCCACCUCCGCCUCCGCCCGCCGCGCCCGUUCCCUUCCCGCGCACCGCGCGUCCCCGAGCUAUCCCUGGUGCUGCUGGUGCUGGACGCGCGCCAGUCCGAGAUCCUCGGGGCCCUGGGACCGAAUUGCUCCUCCUCUUCUCCGCCGCGUCUGCUGCUUGGUCGCCACCAAAACGUCAGGAGCACGAUGAAGCGCAAGCACGGCCGCAAGCCGGCGGACAAGAAGGCUGAUCCGUCGGAGUCCACCUCGCCGGAAUCCGCGUCCAGUUCCAGCACGGAGGCGUCGGACAGCCCGCGAAACCAGGCUGAGGAGGAUAACCCGCCGCUCGUAGAUGCUGGGGCAGCAGUGCCUGAACCACCGUCUCCUCCUCCUGCUCAACCUUCUGAGCCACCUCGGAAGCCCAGUGCCACCGCGCCGGCUAAUCCUCCAGCGGACAUAACGUACAGCAGGCCCAAGGUGGGGGCUGUGUACGGCCGUGUCAAACUGAAGUUCAAGUCGUCCAAGACGGUGGACUCGCCGCUGCGCCCGCAGCAGCAGGAUUCUUUGGAAGCUCAAGUGCUGCCUGCUGAUGCUGGUGCAUCGGAGAGCGCUGCUGUCCCUGAAGUGGUCAAAGGAGCUGAUGCGGAGAAGGCUACGGUUGUAAUGGAUGGGCAGCAAGCAGAGGGGCAGGGGCUGGAGUCGAGUGACGCAGAUAAGGAAAAGGUUUCAAGGAAAGUAGGAGGCAUCAAGAUCAAGUUGGCGGGGCUGCCUUCUGUAGAAAGCAACACUCCGGAUCGGAAAUCCGAUUCAACAGAUGAGCGUCCUCCGAGCAAGCGGGAAGCUCUUUUGGGAAGCAAAAAAAUGGAGGAUGCGGUGGAGCUGAGGAGCUCACAGGAGUCCGAAGAAAAACAGUCUACUCCGGAACAUCAGCGCAAUGAGAAAGAGCUGGCUGCUGCAUUAGAAGCUAUUAAGAAAGUUAUGAAGAUGGACGCUGCUGAUCCGUUCAAUGUUCCAGUGGAUCCUGUUGCAUUAGAAAUACCUGAUUAUUUUGAUGUUAUUGAGACUCCUAUGGAUUUUGGCACAAUAUGUCAAAACUUGGAACGUGGUGACAAGUAUAUGAAUUCAGAGGAUGUAUAUAAGGAUGUACAGUUCAUAUGGGAUAACUGUACCAAGUACAAUAGUAAAGGUGAUUACAUAAUUGAGCUUAUGAAACGGGUCAAGAAGGGCUUCAUGAAAUAUUGGUUGGCCGCUGGCUUGUAUUCUGAUGUGCUAGACAGUGGCGGCAAUGACAACCCUGGCGAUGAGGAUGCGAAAGGCCACUCAAAAAGCAAGGUUAAGAACAAAAGGCGACGCCCAGGGAACGAUCGCCAUAAAAGUGACUGCAUAUGUGCUGUUUGUCAAGUUACAAGGCGUAAGAAAGAAAGGGAUGAAAUAGUGGCUGUUAUAGAUAAUGAAACUGCUGCAAUGGAUAGUAACCCUUCUGAGCAGCAUGACAUGGAGGGAAACUCUGGUGCUAAUAAUAUUGGUAAUCAUGACACUUGCUCUAGCCAGGAGCAGCCGUCACAAACUUAUGUGUACAAAGAGGCAUCAGAAGCAAACGAUUCUGAGAUUCAGAUGGAAGAUGUUGGAAAGUUGUCCGUUGAUCAGACAUCUAGUUUGGUGCUUCUUGACUAUGAAGACGAGGGUUCCAGACAAUAUUUGGUGGAAAAAGGACAGACUGAGUAUAGAGAUAUGAACAGUAACGAAGAGCACACCCCCACUGGCAUUCAGCCUAACGAGUACUCUGAUGUUGAGCAUCACCAGCAAAAGGGGCAGACAGAGACCACCAGCCAAGAGAUUGAAAUGGAGGACUAUCCUAUUCAGCAGGAGAACCCUUUAUUCCUGCAACUCCGUGCGAGCCUCUUCCCCAGCAACUGGAGCAGCACUUUCAGGGGGCGACAUUCCCUGUUCCGUCCGCGACGCCGAGCCCCGGUGAAGGCGAGCCCUCUGCAUGUAGCCAUGGCGGCAAUAAUGAAGCGGUAGGUAUUUCUGGGAGCCUGGUUUUUCUGUGAAGUGAAGCUCCAGGUAGGUAGCGGCGCUGACUUUGGCAAAAGCUGUACCCCUCAAGACAUGGAAGCAGGUUGGAAUGCUGAGGCUGAUUAGUAGUUUAUACAUACAUGUGGGUGCGAGAUUAGUUUGAGGCGUGCUCCCAUCUCUGUAGGCGGCAUAUGGAUUCAGAAUUCUGUUUGAUUUUUAUUUUAUUUUAUUUUAUGUGGGGGGUAAUUGUGAUAGCCACAUGUUGGUCCAUUUGCUUGCCGCCCUGGAAUAGGGCUCUUGGUCUGACGAAACACCCUCCCAUAUAAUUUGAUGAUCUGAAGGGUUUGUUU